GGCCCUGUGAUUCCGGCCGGCGUGAGUGAGCGAGUUUGGCUUUUAAGAUGGCGGCUGCGGCGGGCUUGGAGUUCCAGCGCGCCCAGUCUUUGCUGAGCACUGAUCGCGAGGCCUCCAUUGGCAUUCUGCAUUCCAUAGUGAAACGUGAUGUUCAAGAGAAUGAUGAAGAAGCAGUCCAAGUCAAAGAACAGAGCAUCCUGGAACUCGGAAGUCUCUUGGCCAAGACAGGACAAGCAGAAGAGCUUGGAGGACUUCUGAAGUAUGUGCGUCCUUUCUUGAACUCCAUUAGCAAGGCAAAGGCAGCCCGUCUGGUUCGGUCCCUGCUAGAUCUAUUCCUAGAUAUGGAAGCUGCAACAGGACAAGAGGUUGACCUAUGUCUUGAAUGCAUUGAAUGGGCCAAAUCAGAGAAGAGGACAUUCCUGCGCCAAGCUCUGGAGGCAAGGCUGGUUUCUUUGUAUUUUGACACAAAAAAGUAUCAAGAAGCAUUGCAGUUAGGCUCACAGCUUUUGCGGGAGUUAAAGAAGAUGGAUGACAAGGCCUUGUUGGUGGAAGUGCAGCUAUUAGAGAGCAAAACUUAUCAUGCCUUGAGCAACCUGCCAAAAGCCAGAGCAGCAUUAACCUCUGCCCGAACCACAGCCAAUGCAAUCUAUUGUCCACCCAAGUUGCAGGCAGCAUUGGAUAUGCAAUCAGGUAUUAUCCAUGCAGCAGAAGAAAAGGACUGGAAGACAGCAUAUUCUUACUUCUAUGAGGCAUUCGAAGGUUAUGAUUCUAUUGACAGCCCCAAAGCCAUCACUGCAUUGAAGUAUAUGCUGCUGUGCAAGAUCAUGUUAAACUCACCUGAGGAUGUGCAGGCAUUGGUGAGUGGGAAGCUUGCAUUGCGGUAUGCAGGUAGACAGACAGAAGCUCUGAAAUGUGUAGCUCAAGCUAGUAAGAAUCGAUCACUGGAUGAUUUCAAAAAGGCAUUGAAAGAUUAUAAAAUGGAACUCAGGGAUGACCCCAUCAUCAGCACGCAUUUGGGCAAACUGUAUGAUAACUUAUUGGAACAAAACCUCAUCCGGGUUAUUGAGCCUUUUUCCAGAGUGCAGAUCGACCAUAUAUCUAUCCUUAUCAAGUUAUCAAAGGCAGAUGUGGAAAGAAAGCUCUCUCAGAUGAUUCUGGACAAAAAAUUCCAUGGGAUUCUUGACCAAGGUGAAGGCGUCCUGAUUAUUUUUGAUGAACCACCUGUAGACAAAACAUACGAAGCUGCUCUGGAGACCAUUCAGAAUAUGAGUAAAGUAGUGGAUUCAUUAUACAACAAAGCCAAGAAGCUGACAUAGAAUUGAAAACUGUUGGCUGUUUGGAGCGUUGAUGCGUGAAACCUUUGGGGGGUGGUGGAACAAAAGGCUAGAAGAUGGUGGGGGUUUUUUGGUUCCCCACGCCCCUUUUGCUCUCCUUGUCACUCAAAAAGUUUAAGACAGCCUUUC